CUUUUCUAACCGCGUUUUUCACACGACAAGUCGCCAUCGUUUUGCGUCUUUAUAAUAAAGUUCUUUUAUAUUAAACUAACGCGAGUGUUUUCCCCGUAUUAAUCCGGAAUAUCCUUUUUCACCAACUUAUCCCGCUGAUAGUUGGUGUGCGUGCGCUCUGCUAGUCGUUCCGCCCAUCAGUUUUAACCCCCCUAGAAAAGUUUUUAUUCCGAUUCCCCCGCAAUGAUGAAAAUUUCGGGAUGAAAACCGGGGGAUAGGAAUGAAAACAGUACUACGAGGUUUUAAAAAACAAGACUAAUUGAAUUUUUCAUCUUGUAACAAUUCCUUAUGCAUCGAUUGCUACAUAAUCUAGUUUAGUCGCGUUGGUGAAUUAUAGUCAAAAUAAGAUUUUUUCACGUUCAUUUUCACGGGAAGUGUAAACUAGGCUCUAUCCAAAAAAAAAUAUUUUUCUAUAUUCUGAAAUAAUUCGGAGAUUUCAAAAAAUAAUCUUGAUAAUAUAUUACAUCCCGAAUAGCAGGAACCAUGGUAUUACAUUCAUUUUCCAAUGGAUUCGAAGGUGAUCAUGUAUUUAAUGGGGUUUGACAGCCAGCGCGGCGAUUUUGUUUUGCUUACAAAAAUUUCGGUCGGUAUCCAACAUUAUUCGAUGAUUUUUUGGCAAAAAUUACCGCCAAGUGUUUGAGUAUGAUCAAAAUGCGAUAUAAUCCCUUCCCCCGGACUGUGAAGAAGUGGAAAGAAAAAUCACUUAGCUCUCCCGUAAUGCAAGUUUCUGAACAUUCCAGCUGGUGGUCAACUAAAAGACGGCAGCAUUCUCGAGGUGUUUAAGUGUAAUUAUUACAAAAAAUAUGAAUAUGUUAAGUUCAAAAAUAAAGAUUAUAUAAACGAAAAUUGUACACGAUAGUUUUAUAAUAAGAUCACGAAAUAACAUUGAAUUUAAUCGGACUUUCGCGAGUAGCGUAAUGCAGCAUAAAUUUGUACUAAAUAACAUGCGCACGCACGCUCCUUGUUUUAAACUCAAAAUUAAGUAGUUUUGGUUCAAAACAGCACUUCAGUUGCAGUCCUCAACUUUGAGUAAGACUGAGCAAACGCAAAAACUAAGUUCUGACUGGCAUACUCAAACCUAAGUUCGAAAACGAGUUCCAUUUUUUGAACUUUCUUUAUGCCUGUAUUCGUAGCUACCCAAAAUGCAGUUCUCGCAGCCGAACUCGCUAAGUGCUUUCAGUUCAACACACGCGAGGAGGGUUCAAUUUUUAGUUCAUUAGAUCGAUCUCAGUUUUGCUCCUUCGCCGAAGGAAAAAUGGGAUUAGUUUGAGUUCGCAGUUCGAACUUCCUUUUGAACCAUCGCAAGGAGGAAAAAGGGUACUUAACUUUAAGUUCAUAGAAUCGAACUAUGUUUUGAACCUCGGUCGUACUUAAUUUUGAGUUUAAAAAAAGGAGCGUGCGGUUUUGAAAAAUAUUUAAGUGGCAAGGCAACCCUUCUUGUACUAAAAUUUCAAAACUUUCACCCUUUUGUUGAUCAACAAACCCCAGUGAAAGGGGUUGUAAACAAAACCACCCUUCGGAAUUUGCCUUCGUCAUAUUUCUCUGGUUGCUGCACAGUUUACGCGAAAAAAUAUAAGAUUAACAUCUCGAUAUAGUCUAAAAUGACCGACAAUAAUUCGAAAAAGUCCGGUAACAUACUGUCUAACAUUAGCCCCCCCUCGGAACUGCCAAGUUUCGUAACAGCUGCUGCCGCAGUGCCAACUCCAACAGCUGUGUCCCAAGCAUCAGCUGCCGAGGAUGAGUCCCAGCGAAAGGGCUCGGAAACGGAUCCCUUCAUUCCGACCACCUUCAGUCCAGCGAUUCCUUCGAACAAAAACACCAACUCGAUCGUAAGCGGCCCGGGCUUGUCUGAGGAUGGAGCAGUGCUCGACGCUUCCGAAAUGGAAUCUGCCGAGGGAACCACCGCUGGGAAAGUUAAUCGGGAUUUUUCGAGCAUGGUUCUGAAUCCGGAACCGCUGGCCGAUGCGCUGAGUCCGCUUACCCAAGGAGGUUCCGCCCUGUUUGGCUGGGUUAAGGGCGCGGUCAGUGGAAACGGUAUCCUACAGAAGGUGGCGGAAAAAGCCAAGAGUUCCGUAGACACCAUCGUAACAACACUGGAUCCGCAAAUGAAGGAGUACAUAAAUUCCGGCGGUGAUACGGAAGUCAUUGUUGCCUCGGACAAAGACGAUAAAGUGCGGCCAAUUCGAGAAGCUUUCCAGACAGUCUUUGGAAAGGCAACCGUUAUUGGCCUGCCGGCACAAGCUACAGCAAUCGCUGCUCAACCGGUUGGAUUUGCAGCCGGGCUGAAGGGAGCAGAGCAUCGAAUCAACAGUAUUCGGGCCGAGAAUCCACGUGUUGACGACCAUUUGCCGGUGGUUGCCAUAGAGAACUUCCUGGUGGAACUUUUUCCGGAUCAAUGGUUUGAUGCCGGCGUUAUCGUACUGUUCGAUUAUGCUAAGAACAUCCUAUUGAAGACUGUAACGCAAAUGACUCCAGUACCGCAACCGGUGGUGGCUUCAAUCCGAGCGGACACACCCGAAGACUACCAGCUGAAGGACACUGGCUUCGCCAUAACAGUUGGAAGCGUUAUGGCAAAGAAUUUGAACACACCGCACACGGAAUGGCACAAAACGUACACCACAGUUGGACGACCGGAGAUGAUUUUGAGCGCCGCCAAGACUAUUGCUAGCCUCUACAAGAAAGCGGUGGCCGAGUAUGUAGAUUCGCUGGGGGCACCUUUGAGUCCCCGGGAAUAAAAUUUAGCUCCGGCCAGCGCCUCGAUCGGAUGUAGAUGUGGUCACUACUAGAUGGAGAAAGGAACAGCUGGUUGGUUGGCUUGGGAAAGCGUUGUUAAAUUGUCUAGGAGUAAGAUCUAUAUGAAAGAUGAAGUUCACGUUGACAUUUCUUUCAAGCAAUCGAGUGACUUUGCUUAGCAUUAAAUGUACUAGUUCUAUUAUUACAUGCCUGAAUAUGAUCUUGAAUAUCCAUUUAAUUACUGUUAAAUUUAUUCGCAUUUUAUUAGCAACCAAUUAAAAUUUUUCAAAGCAGUUUGACGUUCCAACUAAAAGUUGUUUAAUCAGACCUCAAUGAGUGAUGAUAACGAAUUAUUUUUCUUUAAAUCCAAUAAACUGAAGGAUCUAUCAAUUCUCAUAACCCUACGAUAUGAAAAGUGCGUUACCAAAUUUCGCACAAUGAAAAUAAAAGAAACAAUUUGUAAAACUUAGACUAAAUUUCUCUGAAAUUAUACAUUAUUCAUUACAAUAAACUAUGUUUUGGUUAUUAUUACAGUUAUCAGAAUUCAUUGUAUAAUCCCGAUUAAGAAAACAGAACUUCUGUUGGUAGAAUUAUUGAAAAUAAAAUAAAGUUAGGGAUACUAAA